AUGGCCAUCAAGUUCACUGUAUACAAAGGUUCAAAGGAUGGAACCAUUCAGCAAGCGGAAACUGAGCGACAGGACCUCAAGAAGGACGAUGUACUCGUUCGAAUUACCCACUCCGGCGUUUGCGGCACAGAUCUUCAUUACCAAGCGGUUGAUAUGGCCCUGGGUCAUGAAGGAACCGGCGUAGUUGAGGAGACUGGACCAGACGCUCACAUUCUGAGAAAAGGCGAUCGCGUGGGAUGGGGUUAUGAACACGACUGUUGUGGCCACUGCAAGCCAUGCUUGACUGGUUGGGAGACCAUGUGUCGAGAGCGACAAAUGUAUGGAAGUGCCAAUUUGGAUCAGGGUUCGUUUGGUAGCCACGCUGUCUGGCGGGAAGCCUUCCUAUUCAAGAUUCCCGAAAGCAUCAGCAACGAGGACGCCGGCCCCUUGAUGUGUGGUGGAUCCACUGUAUUCAACGCGCUUCACGUCGCUGAAGUCCGCCCGACCUCUCGAGUUGGUAUCGUGGGAAUAGGUGGUCUGGGACAUCUCGCAAUCCAAUUUGCAGCGCGCAUGGGAUGUCAAGUGAUCGUAUUUUCGGGGUCUACGAGCAAAGAAGACGAAGCGAAGAGCCUCGGCGCCACUGAAUUUUAUGCUACCAAGGGCGCAAAAGAGUUGAAGAUCAAAGCGCCUAUCGACAACCUGAUAGUUACCACGAGUAGCCAGCCUGAUUGGGGAUUGUAUCUGCCAAACAUGAGUCCAUCCGGAGUGAUAUCCCCUCUCUCGGUGGAUUCUAACGAUCUGAAAAUCCCAUAUAUGCCGUUGUUGGCCAAUGGUUUGCGGAUUCAAGGUGGCAUCGUUGCUUCGCGUCAGGUUCACCGUGACAUGCUUGAGUUUGCUUCCUUCCAUCAAAUCAAGCCAGUCAAAAUGACAUUCCCUAUGACACUAGACGGAGUGAGAGAAAGUUUGAAAACAUUGGAGGAAGGUAAGAUGCGUUACCGUGGUGUUCUGGUGGCAAAAUGA